AUUAUUGUGAAACACAUGCAGGAAGAAGUACUGUCAGGAUCAGGGAGCAGUCAGUCGGCCAUUGAUGUGUGUCGUGGCUCUUUAACAAAACACGAAGACAGCGAGGAAAGGUUAAAUACGGGCUUACAGCGGGAGGGAGGCCUAUUUUCUUAGUUUUAAGAGCAAUUCUUCAGCACACAGAUUACAGGAUUGACAACAUCCGGAUAUGUCCUUCAUAUUUGAUUGGAUCUACAGUGGUUUCAGUAGUGUAUUACAGUUUUUAGGACUGUACAAGAAAUCUGGCAAGUUAGUAUUUCUUGGACUGGACAAUGCUGGCAAAACGACGCUACUGCACAUGCUCAAAGACGACAGAUUGGGCCAGCAUGUGCCCACCUUACAUCCAACCUCUGAAGAGCUGACCAUUGCUGGCAUGACCUUCACCACCUUUGACCUGGGUGGCCACGCACAAGCUCGCAGAGUAUGGAAAAACUACCUCCCUGCCAUCAACGGCAUCGUCUUCCUGGUGGACUGUGCAGACCACCCAAGACUCGCCGAGUCCAAAACAGAACUUGAUGCGCUAAUGACAGACGAAACCAUUGGAAACGUGCCUAUCUUGAUCCUGGGAAACAAGAUUGACAGGCCAGAAGCCAUCAGUGAGGAGAAGCUGCGUGAACUGUUCGGACUGUACGGCCAGACAACGGGCAAGGGCAACGUCCCCAUGAAGGAGCUGAACACAAGACCUCUGGAGGUGUUCAUGUGCAGCGUGCUGAAGAGACAGGGCUACGGGGAGGGCUUCCGCUGGCUGUCCCAGUACAUCGACUAGCGCCAGGAGCCGGCCACCACCAUAAUCAGUCCCAUGUUUGGUUAUAAAGUCUGCCUCUAUCAAAACAUGUACAACCUGAACCCAACAGACUUUUAUUGGUUGAACAUUUGGUUACACAGUUGUCAUACUUUUCUAGAGAAUAAUGUAGUGUUGACUUUGCAGGAAUGUCAAGUCCAAGGUUGUUGAAAUUUUCUUUUUUUUUUUUUCUUUUUUGUCCAUCCCCCUUAAGAAAAUUGAUGUUGAAAACACUGCAUAACUAAACGAAGUGGAUAAUUUAUUUGAUUCUGGAAAUGUCAGUAUCCCCAUCACCUUUUGAACAGUGAGACAAAACACGGUAGUUGUAUGCUUCUGAAUGCACGUUUUUUAACAGGAAAGACUGUAUGCAGACAUGUGACCAGUAUUUAACCUACAUCGUGUUCAUUUUUCUUAGGGUUUUUUUUUUAUUUCAGUAAACAUGUGGCCAUGCGUACAUCUGUUACUUUUAAAAGUUUCUUCUCGUUUCAGGCUGCAAACCCUUUUGCCCUUGUUUGAUAUAAUUACAACAUUGCAAACAGUAUCCCAAUUCGUGAUACAUCUGAAUACGAUGUGCUAUGGAACUUUUGAAAACCAACACGUGUCGUGCGGACCACUAUGAGGUUCUUUGCCACUGUUUUGUGAA